CAAAAAGUGGACAUUUUUUUCUUUAAAAAUGUGUAGCCUAUUCCUAUUAUUAUAGUAUUUCAUUAUGAAGAGGGCAGCGGGCCCCUUACUGUAUGCCUCCAAAAUCUUAGCAGCGGCCUUGUUCAUAUAAAUAUGCAGUAUAGGCCUCGCCUAAUACGUACAAUAACAUUUCAAGUUCAAGUUCAAGUUUCAAGUUUCAAUUUUAUUGCCUUUGGGGACAAUAAAAUUGAAACUUGAAUAAACGGGUUUGGGGGAUUUUUUUCUUUAAACAAAAAUAACCUAUAUAUCACGUCAUAAAAAAGAGCUUAGUACUGUGUGCUGCUGACACACUUUUACCUCUAUCACAUUUCACUCUUUUGAAAAAUCUGACCACGUGAGUCUCAUUAACAUUUGAUUCUGAGCGCGCUAUCCUGGGGCGAGGCGCACUGACAUUUUUCUCCCAUGGAGUGGGCAAUAGCAUGCGAUUUCUUGACCCACUUUCUUUCCGUACAUCAGCAGCAGUCGCAUUCUGCUUCCUUUGUGUUUCCACACUUUUCUGCUCACAACACUCAGUGACGAAGAAGACACAAGUUUGGGGGACAGACAGGUUCUGUAUCCAAAGACAGAGAACUCACGCAUGAUUGAGCAUCAUGUAUUACCCAUCAAACAGCACCGGAAGAGUCUCUGGCAUGGAUGAGUUUCCAAAUCGGAUAUUAAUGACUUGUGUCUUUUUGCUGUUGAUUUUAUGGACAUUAUUUGGAAACUUCGCCGUUUGCGCAGCGGUGUUGCGCUUUCGCCAUCUAAGGGCCAAAGUCACGAAUAUCUUUAUCGUUUCUUUGGCUCUGUCAGACUUGUUGGUGGCUGUGUUGGUGAUGCCUUGGAAGGCUGCUGCUGAGGUCUUGGGUCACUGGCCGUUCGGGACAUUCUGCAACACAUGGGUGGCUUUUGACAUUAUGUGUUCUACUGCCUCCAUCCUAAAUCUCUGCGUCAUAAGUCUGGACCGUUACUGGGCAAUCUCCAGCCCGUUCAGAUAUGAAAGGAAAAUGAACAAAAGGUUGGCCCUUCUCGUGGUUAGCCUCACAUGGAUCCUAUCUGGAGUUAUCUCGCUGGUCCCUGUUCAACUUCAGUGGCACAAGGCGGAACAGGUAACUGAAGCAAAACUCUCAAAUCAAACUGCUGAAAACUGCGACUCAAGUCUUAGCAGGGCCUAUGCUAUAUGGUCCUCGUUGGUUAGUUUCUAUAUACCAGUGGCAAUAAUGAUUGUUACAUACACAAAGAUAUAUCAGAUUGCUCAUAUCCAAAUAAAGAAGAUCACGUCUCUGGAGCGCGCAGCUGAUGCCGCUGCCUGUAGAUCAAAUGUGUCUCCUUAUCCCAGGCAGAAAAUGAAGCUUUCCAAAGAGACAAAACUCCUCAAAACUUUGUCAAUAAUAAUGGGUGUUUUCGUUUGCUGCUGGUUUCCUUUCUUUGUGAUGAACUGUAUUAUACCGUUCUGUCAGGGAACACAGAACGACAGACCAAAGUGUGUAAGCGAAACGACGUUUGCCAUUUUCAUGUGGCUUGGAUGGUGUAAUUCGUCGUUGAAUCCCAUCAUUUAUGCGUUUAACGCAGAUUUCAGGGAGGCAUUCGUGCGGCUAUUGGACUGCUGCGAGCUCAGUGGUAGCCCAUGUAGAAUAAUGAGCCACACUGGAUCCAAUAAUCAGAGCAGCUUGCUGGGUGUUUCUUAUGUCAAUGUAAGUCUAGAUAUUACACCCGUUAAAGGCAAUAUAACUAUGAUGAACAUGGCCAACACAAUAUAAACAUGUAAUAUUUAUAUGAUAAACUUUCUCACCAGUCAUUGCUACUCAAGGUUUUGAUUCCAGACUAUAUUCGGCACUAUCUGUGUAUAAUAAUUGGACUGGAGAGCCACUUUGAUCACCUGGAUGAACUUGAAGUGUUUCCUCUGUCAAACACAAAACAUGAAAUGCAAAGCGACCUUCUUGCAGUCUAACUUAUAGCCAAACAUUUUUUUUUACUGAAUGGAUGUGUGUAGUAGGUCUAUGAUGUGACGCACGGCAUCACCUUUUGGUUAAUUAGUUCCAUUAUCUUUUCCACUGAGCAUAUACACACUGUUGUGUGGGACCACCUUCAUAAAUAAUUGCCAAUUUCACUUUUACGGAAGGGUCACUGAUUCUGUGUCACUGAACACACACAACUAACACAUUCACUGUGUCAGAGCACAGUUAUUUACCCUUGGGGUAUUUGAAUUUAAUAGACAGCAUGGCUGCAAUUACACUUUGACUGUGAAUUCUUUUCAAAAGUGAAUGUGUAUUUGGAUUAAUAGGCCUACAUGUUUUGGUGUGUGUUACGCCUGACAUUGACAUGUCACUUUAAGCUUGUUUAUCCUGUUUACAGUUUUGAUAACCUUGCACUGAACAAAGUGAAUCACACAAUAUGGCAGAGGAGGUUGGUUUUAUUUGGACUCUGUGACAAAGGGAUAUGCACUCGCCAAGUGAAUUGCUUUUUGUGAUUGUAAUGUAUAUUUUCAAAUAAAUUCCUGUUUUGCACACACCUGAAAUGUGUUGAGUUGUAUUAUUUUGAAGAGCAUUUCAUUUAGAACAACAAUCAGAAAUGUUAAAUAAUAUACAACAUUAAUGCAGAGACAGUAAUGCAGUAGUUAACUUAACUAAUUUCUGAAACUGACUUGGACUUGCAAGCCACUUUACUUUUAGUUGCACAUGCUUGUUUCCCGUAUCACUGCCCUAUUCUGCGCUCUGUGGCAUUUAUGUGUUACUAGCGUAUGAUUCUCUAUUUGGUUUGUUAAUCAUCGCUUCAGAAAGCAAACACUAACCCCACUGAUGGCAGUCAGCAACUGGUAUGGGACAGUGUGAGAAAAUGGUACAGACAAGCAUGAAGCGUAGAAUAAGGCCUACCAAUAAUAAUAAUAGC